CAUGCUUAAAUAAAAAAAAACGUGAAAUCCCCACAAGUACAUCUUGUUUUGGGGGGUUUCCAGUAGCAGGAAUAAUUACUGCAGCGUUGAAUAAAUUAAUCCAGUAAGAGGAAACGUAAAUCCAAAAUGUAACCACAGUAACCUACACCAGACAUAGGAAGCACAUGUCCAGCGUAAUGACGUCUGCCGACAGUCUCCGACGUGCUCCAUACAUAAUGGCGGAACCCUUGUUACAAUGGGGUCUGUCGUGGAUCACUUGUUAGCCAACUUCUUGAGCAUAGCUGCGGAUUAAUCACACAGCUGGUUCGUUUCAGGUGAUUCCCUCUGACGGCUUCAUGUUAAAGUCCAGUGCAGCGGGUCCAUCCACCGUUGCCUCUCCUCAGCCAAUGAAGGAAUUCAAGGAGAACUUUUCAGGCCAAGUGAUUCUGGACCACAUCAAGCCAUGCUGGUACUGGGACAAGAAGGAUCUAGCCCACACGCCCUCCCAGUCUGAAGGCCUGGACCCUGGUACAGAGGCCCGGUAUCGGAGAGAAGGAGCCCGCUUCAUUUUUGACGUGGGGACCAGACUUGGCCUACACUAUGACACACUCGCAACUGGCAUCAUAUAUUUCCACCGCUUUUACAUGUUUCACUCCUUCAAGCAGUUCCCGAGAUAUGUGACGGGUGCUUGCUGUCUGUUCCUGGCGGGAAAAGUGGAGGAAACCCCAAAGAAGUGUAAAGACAUCAUCAAAACAGCCCGCAGUUUACUGAAUGACGUGCAGUUUGCCCAGUUUGGAGAUGAUCCGAAGGAAGAGGUGAUGGUUUUGGAGAGAAUUUUACUCCAGACCAUCAAAUUUGACCUGCAGGUGGAGCACCCUUACAUGUUCCUGCUGCGCUACGUGAAGCAGCUCAAAGGGGAAAAGAAUAAAGUGUGCAAGGUGCUACAGAUGGCAUGGACCUUUGUCAAUGACAGCCUGUGCACCAUGCUGUCUCUGCAGUGGGAACCAGAGAUUAUCGCUGUAGCCGUCAUGUACCUGGCCGGCCGCCUCUGUAAGUUUGACAUUCAGGAGUGGACUGCCAAGCAGUCGUCACGCCGCUGGUGGGAGCAGUUUGUGCAGGACGUCCCAGUUGAGCUGCUUGAAGACAUCUGCCACCAGAUCCUGGAUCUGUACUCUCAGGGAAACAAGCCCAUCCCUCAGCAGAUACAGGAGAAGGAAAGGGCUGCCGCUCAAGUACCCAUUCCUCCAAUCCCACAGGGACAACCACCAGCCCCCAACCCUCCUCCCCCACCACCAAAGAAGACUUCCCCACAGGGAGGCAGUCCUGCACGCCAGCUCAAGCGCUCACAUACAUCCCCCAAAGAUGAACCAAAGGCUCCAGAACUAGUUGGAUCAAAGAUUCCAAGACUGGAGAGCCCAAGGCCCCCUCUGCCUACAUCGCAGCCUCCCCCAGAGCGCAAAGCCCCAGCUCCAGCCCCUCCCACGGAAGCAGAACCAUUAAAUGAAACGGCUCCUCCUCCACCGCACGCUCCGCCUCCACAUAAGCCCCCUCCCCUACCCCCGCCCCCUCCACCUCCACCCUCCAACUACAUCAUGUCCACCACCAGCUCCUACAUGUCCGGAGAAGGCUACCAGAGCCUGCAGUCGUUGAUGAAGACUGAAGGUCCCUCCUACGCGCCGAUGCCGCCCAGCUACGCACCCCCAAUACCGCCAUAUCACCCCCACGUCUAUCCACCGCCUUCAGCACCCCCUCCAGGCCCGCCGCCUCCUCCCUCCAACUACCCACCACCUAACUUAGCUCCAACGUAUCCGCCACCAGGCUACAACAGCUACCCUCCGCCUCCACGCAUGCCGCCGGGCCAUGUACCUCCUCCAGUUAUAGGUCUCCCUCCUGCCGGGUAUCCCCCACUCCCAGUGCCCCCAGGACAGUCACAGGUGCCCCUGCCCCCUCCGCCCGGCAUGCCUAUGAAUCACGGUGGGUGGAUGAGAUGAGAGUGAAACGACAGUCCAUGAACUGAAUGCGUGCAGAGCCGUAGCCGGGGACGGAAACAACUAGGACCUCGUUGUUGGGCUUGUAAAAAUCGAAGGCAGAGAUUGUUCUCUUCCAGCUUUUGUUGAGGAGGUUCUGAAUGAAGGCUCACCAAGAAAUAAGACUUGAAAAGUGAUGUUUGGACAGUAUUGUUAUAAGAACCCCAACUUGCACUGAAAGACUGCAGUCUCAGCAUCUUACAUGUGUACAGGACGGUACUUCAUGUAGUUCCAGGAUCUUGUAACAAACACUGUCCACUCAUUCUUAUUGUUCUGGAAAUGUAAACCGCAAAUGUUAGCAUCCUAAAUUAAUUUUGUGACACAUGCUCAAUAAUAGUGGGUUGAUGAAAUGUACUGUUUUUACUUGACCUUUUUUGGCCCAUAUUUCUUUCUGUAUUCUCUCACCCUAAGUGUGUUUUGAUUUUCCUGCAUUUUCAGUCACACCAGUGUCCUUUUCCAACAUUCCCCCCCGUUUUGCUGAGGAAAAACAGCGUAAUAAAAUGUUGAGAUCGUUGUACAUGCAGUAGUCAAAUAUAAAAAGGAUUAUCACACUGAGAAAUGUUCAUGAAUAUACAGUGUAUUCACGCUGCGUUUCCUUUCUCCUGUCAUUUUACUUACUCUACCAUAGCAUUCAUUUCAUCACACUCAUUUCCUAUCAUUAUUUGUAGUGAGCCUGCAGUGCAGACAGUAUUACAUGAACUAGAUACAAUAUUCAACACUGGACAGUCUAAGGUAUAUUUGUACAUAUCAGUUAUUUUCAUUGGGGCAUUUAUAUUUGAGAGUUUCUAUCCAUAUGUGCCUUAGUGAGGCUUCUCUUUUCUGUAUCCUGCAUGCAGCUUUGUUUUGUCUCUGAGUGGCACUUGGUAAAAUAAAGACCUGCUUUUCCUA